ACUUCCAUUCUUUGAUGUUUGAAUCAUGGCAUCACGAUAUGCAAACUAAGAUAUAUUUCAUAAAGUAAAAAUAAUUCCUUCCUAUACGAAAACAAGAUUGAAGGAUUAAGUAUCAGUCAUGAAUUUUAAAUUGAAUUUCAAAAAUCAAGGCAACUCUUGAAGAACGCUUGUGCCACUGUUCGUUGGUAUGAUUCCAGGUCUUAAAAGUUUGCGUAUAUUUGUAUUGAGUGGAAUGAUAAUGAUCAUCACCUCAGACAGACCUUGGGGAUAUAGAAGGCGUUUUUGGAGUAAACGAUGCUUUAAUUGUCCAUGCUAUAAUGCAGAUCAGCCAACAGAAGAUGAUCUCAUUCCAACACAGGAGCCAGCCUUUAUUACAGAAGAGUGUCCGUGUCAGGAAUCAAGUCAACCAGUAACAACUUGUCCAUCACCUGCUACAUACUUUGUAACAGAUUUUCAAUUCUACUUAAUCCUUGGUGCUGGAUUGGGGAGUUUUGUAUUUGGAGUACUUGUAACCAUUGCUAUACAUGCAAUCAUUCAGCGAAACAAACUUGCUAUCGAAGAAAAGAAGUCAAAUGAGACUAGUAGCAAACAACUUCCUGAACACACCCACUGUGGAUAUAUCCAGACGAGAAACCAACACCAGGUGCCUGGCGUGACUCAAGGGAUCUAUUUCUUUGACAGGGUAGAAGAGGUAUUGUGCUGUGAAAUUCAAUCGAUUCAGAUUUUGUUGUUUUUGAAGGCAGGAUGGUCAACAAAUUUAUCAUCAGAUCUACCUUAAAAUUGUUGAUAUGAUGUUUAACCUAUAAACCUUUAUUUGAUAUAGAUAUUUUUAAAAACCUUUAUAUAGAGCUCAAUAGACUCCCAAAAAUGGCCAUGGUUAUUCAACUCUCUUAAAAAUAGCCAUAUGUAUUGAGAAACCUAUAUAUUAAUUUUUUAAGAGGGUAUUUGCACUUUUCCUAACAGCAUUAUACCCGGCAUUUUCUCAAGCCCGUUAUAAAGUUACUAUUUUUUAGGAUACUGGAAACUGAAAUAUAAGACGUAUUGCGACGAAAAUAAAACUUAACACAAUAAAUGUUUGUGUGUUUCACAUGUAAAUUUUCAAAAAUGUGUUCGAUAUUAACAAAAGAAAAUCAGAUAUUUGGAAACAAUGUUUUGUAACUGUUGGAGAUAAAUAACUCAAAAAAGUUGAUCAAGUUUCUUGUAUGCUUUGUAUUAUUUCAUAUCAUUGGCAUGCUAUCAUUUCAUAGUUAUUUUCAGUUUUUUUAAGAUAUUUCUUUUUAAAACAUUAACCAUUAUGUGGCUUAGCUGAGAUUGUUUAAAUUUGAAAUGCAGGAUGAACUGUAUGAAAACGUUAAAUGAUACACCACGGAUAGAAGUUUGGAAAAGAUGUAUUCUGCACGAAAUCCACACAAACAUGAUAAAAAUAGAAAAUAGACAAGAAAUUGUUUAAGUUACUGUUUGCCUGUUGUUUGAAUGUAUUGAGGGCAAACUGUGAUGUAAUGCACCGUCAUUUAACCGAAAAGUCUUGUUUAAAGAAAGUACUAAAUAUGUAUUUGACAUAAAACUUGCUUGAAUGGUUUUUUUUUGUAUACAUCGCUUAGCAAAAUGCAGAUUUUAAAAAUAUUUUUUUUUCUUCAAUAUUAUAGUUUCUUGCUGAGAAAGCAUGUAUGUAAUUUUUUAUUUAUCUGGGAAAUUUCGUAUUUGUAUAGCGUCAAAUUUUCUUUGAGUAAAAGAUUAGUAAAGUGGUUUUUAAAAUGAAAAGGUCAGCGUCAACGUAUUUCUCUCUCUCU